AUGGAUCCCAGAGACACCAUCCUUCUCUGUUUUGGGGAUUUUCCUAUUCCUGUCAUAUCUGCCACACCUGGUUCUGUGAUUCCCUGGAAUGAGUCUGUGAAGAUCCUGUGUUGGGGGACUCCUGAGUCUUACUUGUACCAACUGGAAAUCCUGAGAAACUUCACAUUCGAGGUGGUGGAGAAGAAACUGGGAUUUCAGAAUGAGGCUGAAUUCCUCAUUAAACACAUGAAUCUAAACACUGCUGGGCGUUAUCAGUGCCAGUAUAGGAAACAGGACCACUGGUCAGAGCACAGUAAAGCCUUGGAGCUGAUGGUGACAGGCUUCUACAACAAACCCUUCCUCGCUGCUGACCAGGGUACUGUGGUGAUGCUAGGGAAGAAUAUCUCCCUGCGGUGCAGUUCAGCACACAUCCCAUUUGAUAGAUUUUCACUGACCAAGGAAGGAGGAGCUGCCCUGGGGGACAGAACCAAACUGGGGGACACCAAGGCGACUUCGCAGAACCAAACUGGGGGACACCAAGGCGACUUCAUUCUAGGUCCUGUGAACCAAAGCUUCUCAGGGAACUACAGAUAUAAUGAAACAAGAUUACACAAUGGGAAAUUUGAUCCGAAUGAGUGUGGCAGUGCUGGUCCUUGUGGCUCUCUUGGUCAUACUGGUUGA